UGGCACCGCGGCGGUGGGCGUUCAGAGGUCAAAGUUUGACUGGGCAGCAGUGUUGGAAACCCCACAACCUGAGAGAGCAAUAUGAGUGGAAAUCAAAUGUUUGUUGAUUCUUUUCAAGACAGCAAGGCUGCGUACGUACUCAGCAAUGUUGUCGAGGUGGUUGAGAGAAUUUUGACCUUCAUACCGACCAAAUCUCUUCUUCGGAUCGCGAGUGUGAGCAGGCUGUGGAGAAACUGUGCCCGCAGAGUGCUCCGGACCCAGCAGCAGCUGACAUGGGCGUCAGCCUGUGGCUCGUCCACCGCGGAGGCUCAUGUCCUCUGCGGCGUCCUGGCUGAAGAAGUGGAGAAAGUGUUUCUCUUGCCCAGAACAGUUCUGGCAAUGGUAGACUGUGAGGCCUUCAAUGGACAAGCUUAUUGCUACAGUAAAGCAAAAAAGAGUCGCCAAAGUCCAGGCGCAGUUGAAGAACUCAACGUGCUCUUUCCCAAAAGCUGUGACUUCAUGGGCAUCGCUGUACCAGGUGUAGUCUUGACACCCACUGGCUCCAGGUCCAACCCUCCACAGGAGUACCAAGAGGGGGAGGCCGGCUUUGCAAUCAUGUUCCCCAGCACCGAGGGUGUCCACAUCAAGCCCUUUCACUUCUGUAAGAAGACCAUCUCCCCAGCAGCACUGAAAGAAGCAGGACUAGUCGACAACCCAGAUCUUCGCGUGGUGCUGAUAUUCGUGUACGAGGCAUAUAAAUCUGGAGGCGCACGCUUCCUCAACCAGAUACUCGAGCCACUGGCCAAGAGCAAAGCUCUGAUCGCUGGAGGACUGGUAGAAAGUGCAUUCUCUCCUCCCAGAGAAUGCUGUAGCCAGGGUGCGUACGGCGUGGUGGGCCUGGCCCUGAGUGGCCCUAAGGUGCAGGGGGCGUCUGUGCUCUUGGACCAUGACAUCAGCAACGCGAAGACGGCCGAGGCCACGAUUCGGCGGCUAAAGGCAGCCAAGAUUCCAGAGAAAAACACCCUGGGGUUCAUGUUCGCCUGCGUGGGGAGAGGCCAGAACUACUACAACAACCAGACCAACGUAGAGGCUGACGCUUUUCACAAGGUGUUCCCCAACACCCCGCUGUUCGGCCUGUUUGGCAACGGCGAGAUCGGCUGCGACCGAAUCAUCAAAGAUGACUACACACUGUGCGACACUGACACGGACAGCCUGCAACACGAGUACACUACGGUCAUGACCCUGGUCCAUCUCGGCUGAGUUUUCCUGCCGUAAAAAAUGAACAAUGUCCCAUCGCGCUCUUGUUUGGAACAGCAGUCAGUAACAACAAACAUUGUGUACAGAGUGUCACAACUCCGAGUGCUGCUGUCAGAAUUUCUGCGAACAAAGCAGGAACAAUGUCCCUUAAGCCACCAAGGGAAUGGCAGCAUUUGGGAAAUCGUGUCCCACGGAGAUUCAAAUAUAGUGAUAUCAGACACACACACACAAAAAAAAAAACAUUGGAAGUUCCGACAUGGUACAGCGCUCUUGUGAAAUAUAUUUGUGUAUAUUUUCCCAAAUUUCACGCGCGCACGGUCAAGGCACUCCUUACUGUGUGGUGUCAGCCUCAUGGUCUGUUUGCUUUGCAGGUGAGUAAUGAUUUGCGCCUGUGUCUCUAAGCUUGUUAUAUUUUUUGAUUCAGCGAAGGCACUUUUUUUUUAUCCAUGUAAAUAAACGAGUGUGGUCUUCCUUCCACAGAAUCAAGGUAAUCUUGAUUUGAACGCUUUGGCUCCUUGUGUAGGUUUUACAUUUAAGGGUUUUACAUGACUUUUCUUACCAGUGAAGAAAUUAAACGACCAUACCACCCUGCAAAUGAAUACUCCUCUAUCUCAUCUACCACUGUGUGUGUGUAUGACUUUCACAAUGCGUCUUUGCUUUUGUCCACAUGUCGGGGAUAUUAAUUUAACGGUUGGACUUAAUGUCAUGUGAAGCUCCCCUUCCAAAUCAUGAACGCGAACAAGGCAGAGCAUCUGUCCAGCUGGCCCAGUAAGCAACACUGUCACAUCACUUUAGUCUCUUGGCUCCUGUACAACAUAGAGUUUCAGGAGGUAAAUAAUUAAAGAAGGGUCCAAAGUUAGGUGGACGAAGUUAAUGUCAUUUUAGGGGCAUUUAAUGAUAAAGUUGCACAUUUGAAAAUGUUCUUAAUGCUACAAAUCUUGUGUCUAUGUUGUUUCCCCCCAUCAUUCAGUAGUUCACUUUUCAUAUAUCUUGGUGACAUAAAGGUGCAGCUUUUGAAAUAUGCGGUUCUUGUUAGUUGCUGUUACAUGUUGAAAAUCGCUGGUAUUCAGCCUUUCUGUAACAAAAAUAGAACUAUGAUUGUAGCAAAAAUGUUUUCAAGAAAAUUCCAUUAUUUUACUUUUUUUUUUAAGUAAUGAGUUAGAUCUCAGUUUCUAAGAGUAUCUUCAUUCUUUGUAUUGUACUACACCCAUUUCCCCUUAAUAGUUUGUAGAUUAAGAAAUUAAAUUUUUCUUUAAAGUUAGUCUAACUGGUCCUUUUAACGAACUUGUUUUGGUGUUGAUGCACUUUUCUACUUGUGCCAAAUCAUAUCUAUCAUCUCAAUAAAUUACAAUAUGUGUA